ACGAGCAACGAAACACCCAGCGAGCCUUCCUUCAUCCCCGCAGAGAAGCGAGUUCCUGAUGGCCAACUGCUUUGAACGGCUCUUGCAUUAAGUGAAGCUUUAUUUUGGUUUUCUUUUCACAUUAUCUGUUGGUGGUACAAUAGCCGAGCAGGCGAGCAAAAGUGGUUCCCGAAGCCCCGGAGCGCUCGCGCGCGCUUUUCCAUUUCCGUGCGCCCUCGUUACUGUGCUAGUGAGGUGAGGGGGAUGGCGGAAGUGAUUGGAGGAGAGCAGUCGCCCAUGAUGCCACCAUCGCCAGCAGCCCCCGCCGCGGAACAACCUGCUACCGAGGAAGCCACCAUCACAGAGCGCCCGCAGACGGCCAUGAGAUCGUGCUGUCGAAUAUGUCUGUCGAGUGGUUCCGUCGGUCCGAUGGUGUCCAUCCAUCGGCCAGUGCCGGAGUAUGCCGAGAAGACGCUACUGCAUAUGCUACUUACCCUGUGUUUACCCCUGAAUCAGCGCGGCCCAUUGAGCGGACUGCCGGAGCAAAUCUGUCGAAACUGCCACUGGAAGCUGCUAUCAGCGUACGAUCUGUACGAGACGUCCCUGGCCAGUGAUGCACAAUUGCGGGGCACCGACGAUCUGUUUAAACACGGCCACAUUAUGCGACCACGGAUGGUUGCCACCGUGAAGCAGGAAGGUAGAAGCAGCGAUGGAACGGACGAGGACCAGCUGUACCAUCAUCAGCAGUCCGUGAUGGUGCAAAUGCACGAACCGAUGGGCGAAGGGAAUGACACGGCCGGACGGCUACUCGACAGUAUGGGUGAUUUGCUCGAAGAGACGAAGGAAAGUGUUCCCGAUCCGAUGGAAUCGUUCAUGGAAGAGCACUACGAGUUUGACGAGGUCGUCGGAUCUCAUAGUUGCGGCCUGUGCAAGGCAACGUUCCCGUACAAAAGCCAGUGCCGGAUGCAUAUCGCCACCAAGCACAAUCCGGCCAAACCUUUCAAGUGUGACGUGUGCUUCUGCACGCUGACCAGCCUGCAUCGGUUGCAACGCCACAAGGCACUGGCGCACGAUGUUGGCCAGGUGAAGCAGGAGGAUGCUAUCGAGGAACACGACAACGAUACGGGGGAGAAGACGUUUGCAUGUCCGAUUUGUGGCAAGAAGUUUAGCACCGCGGUUCGCUUCAAGCGCCACAAGAGCGUUCAUGCCGUCCACAAUCGUCCGUUCAAGUGCGAAACCUGCCUGUACCGGUUCGCCAGCAAAUCUCAGCUCACCCAGCACGCCAAGGUGCACCGGGAACAGGUGGGCGUGGAUGGCGAUGGUACGAUGUUCGGGUGCGAUCAGUGCGAAGAGCAGUUCGCGGGCAAACGGGCACUGACCGUACACCAGCGGCGGGUUCAUGGCAAGGAUGGGUCGCGUGGCGAUGAGGAGGGACGCGAGCGUACCGAUUACGCCUGCAUCAUCUGCAAGAGCUCGUUCGCGCGCGAAAGUGUCCUCAACACGCACAUGAAGAUGCACGAACUGCUGGCUGCCGAGAAGGAGAAAGAGAAGCGGCUCGAUCUGGAGCGCAUGGUAAAGCAGGAACUGCAACACCAGAUGGCACUGAACAAUGUAGGGCCUCCAUUGCCUCCGCUCUCACCGGAACUACUAGAACCCUCGAACUCCGUACUGGAACCGUUCGCACUCGGGUUGGUCCCGGUGGUUAAGGAUCCACCGGUCGGUGAUGCGGGACCACAGCAAACAGCAGGUACUGCGCCGACGACAUCACCGGCCACAUCGUCGUCCUCCAACAAUGUUUUCAGCAACAGCUUGAACAACAGUAUCCGCAAAUCGGCGAUGCGACUGUCGAUUAGUGCCAGCUCUACGCCAGUGGAAAAGAAGAAACCACCGACAGCGACCGAUAUCGUCUACGUGUGCAGCAUGUGCGAGCAGGAGUUUGAAGAGCGCGAUCAGCUCAAGAAGCACCAGAAACGGCAGCACCGAAAGCUCAAGGUGGACAUCGUGUCAACGGAAACACCUUCCAAUGGUGGUGGUGGUGGUGACCACCCGCCGCCAGCCCAGCGCAGAAAGCUGCUGAACGGUGAUUACAUCAAGCAAGAUGACGAAGAGGAUGACAGCUUCACAGGAUUUCCCCAAGAGCUGGAGGAAAUGGACGACGAUUCACUGACUGAUCGGAAGGGGUCUGCCGCCGAUUCUCCAUUCGUUUGCGAUCUCUGCAAUAAAUCGUUCACCCACAACUGCUACUUGACGAUGCACAAGCGUAAACACCACGACCCAGCGAAGCAGUUUGGCUGCAAGGUGUGCCACUACCGGUUCGGGUACCGUGGUUCCUUGAUGCGCCAUCAGCUGAUACACUCGUCCCAGAGCGUGCUGCCCGGGGCACACGGUUCGAUCAUUUUUAAAUGCCGCAUCUGUUCGGCCAAGUUCCUCGAGCUGAUGCACUUGAACAGUCACCUGAAAAGCCACCGGCAACCGGAAGAACCGCCGGCCCCCGAAACGAGUGCUCAGGUGCACCUCAUUCGAUGCAGCGAGUGCACCCAGGUGUUUAUCGAUCGGGCGCAGUUCGAGGAACACAAGAUGAAGGCGCAUCCGCCCUCGCAGUCUGGCCAAUCGUUCGGCAGCAACAGCAGAUCCGCUGAACCACCGCAGUCACAUCGCACGCUAUUGCUACACGAUAAAAGCAGUAGCUUCCGUCCAGUAGCCGCUACAGCAGCAACAUCCGGCCAAUCAACGCGACCGUACGACGAGCCGCGAAUGCUCACUUUUCCGUCAACCUCUUCCUCGUUCGCUAGCAGUAGGAACGACAGUAAGCUGCACUACGAGCCGACCGGGGAGGAUGAAGAUGAUGAUGAGUUCCUCAAUGGUCUUUCCAUCAUCAAGAUGGAACCGGCCGCCGAACCGGAAUUCCUUGCCCCGGCCGUCAUGGCGACGCUGAAUUGGCGAACGCCGCAAGCACCGGCAGCGGUGGCCGCGGCUGCAGCUGCUGCAGCUUCAAAGAAACCACCCCGCGGACGCUCCGGCGUACGCUCCAAAACGGUUUACGAUUACUACAAUUCCGGCGUCGCAGCAACCGCGGCAGCCGCGGCGGCUGCUGCUGCCAUGGCAAACGUGACCGGGGGACCGCAAAACCACCAUAUCUCUUCCUACAUGCUGCCGGCAAAUCGCAUGUACGAUGCGCAUGCCGCGGCCACCAUCAUGUUGCAGCCAGACUAUGGGCAGAGAAUCGCGGCGGUACCGUCCGCCCCGUUACAGGCGCCUCCACCACCGGCAGUAGCGCCAGCAAUCCCGGACGUAAAGUACGCUACACCGGAAAAGGACGAAAUCGAAGAUAACGAUGAUUUUCUGAGCGAAAUCACCAUUCAGUUCGACGACGAUGAGGUGCAAACGCUGUACGUUGGACCGGUGGAAAUUGUGGAAAACUCUGUGACUUCGAGAGGGGAACGUCCGGCUGAAGGUGCUACCACCAUGGUGGGUAAAUCCGGAGCACCACCAGCGGCCAUCGAUAGCGCUAGUGUGGCCCAGCGUUACCGGGACCGGUUUGCGGAAGAGGGAGCAAUAGUGACACUUGAAACAGUCGGCGAAAAGACAACGAGCCAACCGCUGCCGAUGUUUCUGAAGCAACAAAAGCAUCAGCAGCAGCAGCAGCAGCAACAACAGCAACAACAUCAACAACAUCAGCAGCAGCAGCAGCAGCUACAACAGAGUCAGAAGCAACGACAGCAAAGGCAGCAACGAGUACAAGAAGAACAACAAGUACAGCAAGUACAACAAUUGGAGAAGCAGCUGCGAACUCAAUACGAACAACACAUGCAAAAGCAACAACUGCAGCACCAACAACAACAACUGCAACAGCAGCACCAACAACUGCAACAGCAUCAACACCAUCAGCAACAGCAACAAACAUUACUAAAGCAGCAAACAAUCCUACAGCAAAUGCAGCUCUUGCACGAAUCUCAACAGCGUCAGCAGCAAGCCAAGCAGCAGCUUUCUCUGAUCGAACAGCACAUCAAGAUGAGCGUUCAUCAACAGAUCCAUGCCCAGCAGCAGCAAUUUCAUAAGCAACAGCAGGAGCAAUUUCAAAAGCAACAGCAACUGCAACUACAGCAACAGCAACAGCAACAACAAAUACAGCUACGGGAGCAACAGCGUCAUCGCAGCAAGGCCAAACAGCAGCAGCCGCCCCCACAGCAACCGCAACCCCAGCCGCAACCAUUCGUUCAGUUACCGAUUCAGCAGCCACUUCCGCCGUCAAAACCACAAAAUAGAGCAAAAGCUGGCCUGAAACAAACCGUACCAACACCCCACGUUACUGUGAUUGCCGCCGCUGCCGCUCCAAUACCGGUGGCUCCAACCGUUGCCCAUCACAACCCACCCGAGACGAUGAUGGUGGUACCAAGCGUCGUCAAUGGUAACGGAGGUCUACUACAACCGUCGCCACCGAGUGUCGCAUUGCCACAACAACAUCCGGCUUUGAACGGAGGAUUGGUCACUGUUAAACAAGAACCCGUGACGGAGCCUUCGGCAUGCGAAGCCAGUCCGUCCGUCAUCCCACCGAGCGAAACGACAUUCCAGCAACCGGCUACCGUGGAGCCGUCGUCGGAUACAACACUUCCGGAAACGAAACCAGUACUGACACCGGAGCAACAACACCUGGCACAGAAGGCUCAAAAUGGUGUCGCUUCGCCCGAUGCUGGUGAUCGUGGUCCAACAGCAACAGCAACAGCAACGACAUCCAUCUCCACCACUACCAUCACCACCAUUCACACGGACAAACGAUCGGCGGAGCUGUUGAGCAACGUCAGCGUGGCGACGGUGCAUGAUGCCAGCGCCGGUAGCAACAGUAUUUUACGAGAAAAUGCGAUCCCCAACGGCGAUGUCGUCGGAAUUGCUGGUAGCGGGUGUCAGGCCGCGGACCGGAUGGUUGGUACCGCCGUUGUGGAAGAUGUGCAACCUUUAGCUCCUACCGCCAGCAGUAAAGAGGAUGGUUCCAGUGUCGUCGAUGCAGCAACAUCUGUCACCACGCCAACGGCAGCAGCAGCAGCACCAGCAGCGGCUACCCCAUCCCCUGUCGUCAAACGAGGCCGUGGCCGUCCACCUAAGAUUAAGAAAGUGCAAACGCCACAAAUCGCGACUACGGCACCCCCGGUGAUCUCCAUUACGCCACCAGCAACCACGAUCAACAGCAGCAGCUCUGUGAAGGAAUCAAACUCACAGAAUGAGGCUAUAGCUGUCGUUGAAGAGCAUACCGUUGUGGCAAGCAAUGACCACCACCCACCACCACCACCACCGUCCGAGGACAUUACGAGUAGCGGCAACGUGCAAAAGCAGUGCAAUGGAACUGCGAAGAAGCAGAAGAAAGCUGGGCGCGGCUUACGUGGUCGCGCCAAAGAAGAAGUUGUUCCGUUGCCGUCCGAAAAAACGAUUAAUUCGAUGGCCGAACUUUGCCCACAGCAGAAACGUAAACGAGGGCGCCCUAAGCGACAAUACGAUGAUACGACGAGCGUUAGUGAGCUAGCGCCGACCUCGCCUACUAUCAACACUGUUGUGCCCGAAGUGGCAGCCGUUGUGGUUACCGAAAAGACUGAAAGCGACGAACCUACUACGAUGAUCUCGGGUGCUAUUAGUAGUGCCGCUAGUGGUACUGUCGAACCAUGUUCCGCCACGUUGACGCAAUCUCCCAGUCCAACGGAGGAGAAAGUAUGCGUUGAAGGGGAAAUGUUACAAACAGAGAUUAGUCAGGAGAGCCAAGUUUCCAUUCCACCAUCCGCAUCGGCCACUAACGAUGACGUACAGCAUUUCGCGGCCACGAUCGUCCUGCCGGCUGAACAAUUUUCUUCUGGGUGCGAUAGUGGUAUUGAAUCGGCUGGUGAUACGAUUACGAGUAGCCGUUCAUUCUCUAGCAAGGAAAAGGCGGCACACAUCAGCGUCACCAUGGAAACAUCGGAACCACACACGGAUCAGCAGCAGCAGCAGCAGCAGCAGCAGCAGCAGCAGCAGCAGGUGGUGCAACAAGCCGAGCACCAGGUAGCGGCCAUAGCAUGCGUUGAGCAUGGUAUCGAAGGUAACACAGCCAUCCCCGCGUUACCAGGCUUGGUGGCUAAAUUCGAAGAGGACAGUGGACUCGAGAGAAGCCCAUCGUUGGAGACAACGGUACCGAGUGAUGCAAACGAUGAUGCGCAAGCAGCGGACAGCUAUGAGGCGGUGUUCCAGUGUUGCCACUGUAAAAUGAUCUUUAAAACGGAAGUCUGGUACAACAAGCAUCUUUUGAAUGUGCACAGCAUUGGUGACUGUGAAACUGUGGAGGAAAAUGGCCACGCCGGGGAGAUGCUUGCAACUGUAGUUGAGAAUGGAGUGCAAGAUGUCACCACAUUAGUAGCUGCUAUCGCAUCGAUUGACAGUGCGGUGCUUGAGGCAACACACAUCGACGACUGUAUGUUGCCAGCUAGCGGCGGUGCUACGGAUGCCGAAUCUUCCCUCGUGGAACAAGUCCUUCAAAGUGAAACGGAAGAAAAGGGCAAUUUUCGAACGUAUGGAAGGCGUAAGCGCAAGCACACCGUUUCCGGCGGCGAACCUGUCGCGCCAAAGGUCGCCAUCGCCGAAAUUCAUGUUGUUCCCAUAGCAACACUGCAGGAGGAAACACGACGACCAUCGCCGCCUCCGAACGAUCCGAUCAAAACGAAGGUAUCGAAAAUAAAGGAGGAAUUCCGAUCGCCCGCCACACGCAAUCGCAGUAGCGUUGCCGCCAAGAUUGAAACGCUAGAACCUGUUGCGGAUGAAGAUCCUGCCGCGGAAGACAGCACAGUAAGCCCGAACGAUGAUAACGUUCUGCCAGUGACAAAAUCUUCCUCGAGAGCAGCUAGUACCAGACGAUCGAAGGGACGCAAGGCGUUAAGCAAGAAACAAGCUGCUGCGGCUGCGGCUGCUGCUGAAGCUGAAGCUGAAGCAGCAUCUACUGCUACUGAGUCUUUACCAACAGAGGCGGUGCCUGAGCCGAAGGAAGAGAUCGACGAUCCGAACCUGUCACCGUUCGAGCUGUCCAAGUUGACGAUAGUGGAGGCGGAUGAUGGCUGCUGUUACUACAAGUGUACCAUCUGCGGUGGACAGUUCAGCGAUAAGGCCGCGAUCAAGGCGCACUUGUCGACGGUGCAUGCGGCCAUCAAGAAACGAUCCUGUCAGUUCUGUGGCCGCUCGUUCGUGCAAACGGGUGAUCUGACGCGCCACGUACGCAUCCAUACCGGAUUCCGGCCCUUCAAGUGUCCCUUCGUCGAUUGUACCUACGCGUUCAUUUCGUCCGGUGAUCUGCACAAGCACGUACGGCGUCACAACACGGACGAGCCGGUACCGAAACCUCACGUUUGCGAGUACUGUGGCAAGGAGUUUGAACGAUCGUAUGAUUUGCGGCGCCACAAGACGAUGCACCAGAAGCAGGAACCUGGCUUCAAGGGCAUCUCUUGUGAGGUGUGCGGCAAAGUGUUUGCCCGCAAGGACCAGUACCGGGCACAUACGUACCGCCAUAUCGGCUACCGACCGUACCGGUGCGAGAUAUGUGGCAAAAGUUUCACCGAUCCGAGCAACUUCGCCAAACAUGGCCGACUGCACGAGAUGGAUGGCGUGGAGGUGGUGUGUCACUUCUGUUCGCGCAAGUUUAAGAACAAGAGCGCCAUCUCGAAGCACAUCUUUCACUGCCGGCAGCGCUUGAAGGGGAAGAAGGGCUGCGGCAAACGCAGUGUGGGCGCUGGGCCCUCCUUAAUCAAGGAACUGAAGAAGGAAGCAAAGUGCGAUCCGGAUGAGGGCGAUGAGGAUUACCAUGCUGCUGGGUACGGUGAUCGAGAUCUCGUGGAUACGGGCAAAUCGCGGGCCCAACGCUCACAGCGAACAAGGAAGCGGCCGCUACGGGUCCAGGACGAAGACAGCAAUACCGAUGCGGACGAGGAAGAGGAGGAAGGUGGCGAUGGAGAUGAUGGAUCGACUAGCGCUGGCAGCAGCUACCACACGUCUACCGGUACCGGCGGUACCAGCGAUCGAGAUUCUCCGGUGGAGCCAACGAAGAGGAAGCGUGGACGACGUAGUGCGCGUGGUGGUGGUGCUAGUGCGGCCGAUAGCUGCUCAUCAUAACGUACGCUACAAUGGGUGUAUUUUAAGUGCUGCUAUCUCCAUGCAUCUUUUUCCUGGCGUUUUUACACCUGGAGCGCGAAUUUCCAAUAAGCAAUAAUAAUACUUGGGGUACUCAUAUUCUGGUAACUUAAUGAGCGACAAAGUAAGCCCUGCGGGGAUCGGAUACUUAAGCAACAGUAGGCCUCGAACACAUAGGGAGGGAAUGCCGAGAAGGUAGAGAACUCAGAGAAUAUUAAACACAGCGUAGGUUUUUGGUUCUGAAGCAAUCGGAAACCCUUUACAGUAGCUCCGGCAGUUUACCCUUCUGCUACCUUCGAUAACAUGCUACAUUCUCUUACCGGUGAAUGAUUCUACCAAGUUUGUAUUCGGUUACUGUCUGAUGGGCGUUUAGCAUCAUCAAUAUCGUAGUUGGCUUUGACGACGCUGCUUCCUUUCUUAAAUUAUUUAAUCGUAGCAAACUGAAGAGUGAAACAGAGCCUACUUUAACGGACUUUAGCCGCUUUUGGUAUUAACGUUUUAUAGCACUAAGCGAUCGUAAUGCGUAAAUAUCAUUCAAUUUGUAUCAGUUUAUCUUUACCUCCGUGGGUACCAUACUGCAAGAAGCAAAGUGAAGUUUUAGAUAUAUUUUUUUUCGCUAUUAUUUUACGCUUAAAACGGCCUGCUGGAGAUCUGCUAGCUUUGCUUGUUCCGAGCAUCGCACAUUGUUCCGUUUACAAACCUACUUAUAUUAUUGAUCGUAGGCACGUGUGCGUGGGCUUUCCUGUCUCAGCCUGUGUAUUAGUUUUAGUCUAGUUUAUGCUUUCUUCAAAUCAUUUCCAGUAUGAAUUCUUGCCCGCCCCAAGAGUAGUAGUGAUGAACAGAAUGAAGACUUGCGCUCUCUCCACAGGUUAUGCUGCUAGGGAUUCUAAACACACAAGUGAAAUCAUUCCUUUUUAAUUCUUUCUAGAAAAGUACGUAUACUCAUCAAAAUGUGCUCAUUCUCCUUAAAGAAGACAACGUGAGUGAGGGAAGACCGCGCGAUUGAUGAUGAUCGCAAGGUUUUCUUUUUGUUUUUUGCAUAAUUCCAUCUCCAAGAAUAAAACGGAAAAAGACACACAUUGAAACAUACACCAGAUAUUAAUAUACAACGUUUUAUACACCUAGAGACGUAAGAGCUAUUAUAGACGGAUAAGUGAUCACAAUACACAGCCGCAGCGGCGACUGAUGAAAUGAGAUGGAAGAAAGAUGGGGAUUUAAUGCAAACCCGGUUGAACCAGGUGUAUUUUUCGACGGUUUUCGCCGACCACACUAUUAUACACAACACCAUAUCAUAUUAUGGUGCUGCGUGCAACCGGCCGGCGACGCUUGUUGGCCCAGCCCAUUUUUCUAUUUUACAUCUUUUUUUCCAAAAUGAAGAAACAAUGAAUACCUGUAUAUUUACGAAUAAAGAGGAAUCGAAAUAUUUAAACAACGUUCUUUCGUAAAAGGCACCGGUGUAUCUGGCGUUUUGAUUUAUGCGCGGGCCCUGAGGGUGAUAUUCUGUGAUGACAAGACAAUUCUCAAUUCGAAUGGAA